AUGGACAAGCACAAGUUCAUCUUCCUCCUAUCUCUCUUCAUACUCCUCUCAGCCUUUCUCUUCUCCUACUUCAACAAUCCUUCCCUUCCCACUAAACACAAAGAAAUUCCAUUCAGCUCUGGGCUUAAAUCUGUUGUUACAGAUAACCAGCCAGAAGUCUAUAUUGUUAGUGUAAUGCCUGCCGAUGGCACGGGGUUCAAUAACGACUUAGAUCGAGAGAACUGGUACAAGUCCUUCUUGCCAUCCACCCACCUACCCACUGGCGAACCUCGGAUGAUCUACUCGUACAAACACGCCAGCAGUGGAUUUGCGGCGAGGCUCACCCGUAAAGAAGUGCAAGAUAUGGAGUCCGUGGAGGGUUUCUUGUCAGCACACCCAGACCAAAUUCAUACCCCGUGCACGACUUACUCACCCGAGUACCUAGGCUUGAACCAGAAGGAAGAUGGCCUGUGGAAGCGCACUAAAUAUGGCGGAGGUGUCAUCAUCGGUGUCGUGGAUUAUGGGAUUCGUCCUACUCACCACUCAUUCAAGGGUGACGGGGUACCGUCGCCACCUAAAAGUUGGGGCGGGAAGUGCAUCCCUCCCAUCACUUGCAGCAACAAGAUCAUUGGUGCCCUUGGACUCAGACGCGGGCAGGAGACGUCAGCGGAGGAUGAUGAUGGUCACGGGACACAUACUGCAAGCACCGCGGCUGGGAACUUUGUCGACGGAGCGAGUAUCCUUGGCCUAGCCUGGGGAACAGCCUCGGGGACAGCACCUCACGCGCAUCUAGCGAUCUACAAAGUAUGCUUUGAUCAGUGUGUGGCGAGUGACAUAAUGGGAGGUAUAGACAGAGCCAUGGACGACGGAGUCGACUUGCUCUCGAUCUCACUCUCUAAUGAGCCUAAGGAAUUCUAUGAAAAUGGCAUCGCUCGAAGUUCUUUUAGAGCAACAGUGAAGAAAAGAGACAAGAAAGAAGGGAUUCUGGUUACUGCUGUAGCUGGCAAUCUUCCUGGCUCCAAGAGAAGCUCAGUCCAUCAUGAUGCGCCUUGGGUCCUAACCGUGGGUGCCAGCGGUACGAGUAGGAUUCUGAAGGUGAUUGUGAAGCUUCACAAUGGCAUGGAAUUGGUAGGAGAAUCAGCCUACCAGAUCCAUUCCGCCACCGACGAGCUACCAUUAGUUUACCCUGGUGCGAUUACACGAGACCUGGGCACAGCCUUUUGCAAACCUGGGACCUUGAAAGAGGACAUGGUAAAGGGAAAGAUGGUGAUCUGCAAACUCGGGAAAAAAUUUGAAGAUGUUAUUGCUCAGGGUAGGACCGUCCAUGCUGCCGGUGGAGCCGCCAUGGUGCUGAUGAAUCCAAAAUCAUAUGAAUCCACGAUCAUUUCAUUCCCUCACGUCAUUGCAGCGUGCGUGCUUAGUUACCAUGAUUCCUUGAUAAUCAAAGAUUAUGCAGCGACAGACAACCCAAAAGCUGCAUUUAGUUUUGAAGGUACGAAGUAUGAUAAUCCUGCACCUAGAGUUGGUGCAUUCUCAGGGAGAGGCCCCAGUAUUGUGAAUGGCCACAUUCUAAAGCCAGACAUCAUCGCUCCAGGUGUGAACAUUCUAGCCGCAUCGAAAGAUAAUGAUGAUGAAUUCAUGAUGCGCUUUGGCACUUCAAUGGCCGUUCCCCAUAUCGCGGGCGUUGCAGCCUUGAUCAAGUCCAAUCACCCUGACUGGUCUCCUGCGGAGGUUAAAUCGGCGAUCAUGACAUCGUCUAACUUCGUCAAUCGAGAAGGAAAGCCAAUCUUGGACGAGAAAUCCGACAUAGCCAACUUCUUUGACAUGGGAGCUGGUCAUCUAUUCACUCCAGAAGAAGCCAAUGAUCCAGGCCUCGUAUACGAUACGAAGAUGGAGGAUUACUUUCGCUACCUAUGUGGCCUAUACGACGACGAUAAAAAGGUUGCAGCCGCCACUGGUUAUGGCGUAGAAUGUAAGGUUUAUGGGAAGAUUCAACCCGAGCAACUGAAUUACCCUUCGAUUGGAUUGUCGAUGAAGCACGAUGGGCCGAAAGUGGUUAUUCGUCGCAAGGUGAAAAACGUCGGGCCAGAAACAGAGUACACAGCGGAUAUUAAGAUGAGGUCACAAGAAGAGGAGGUCAAGGUGGAAGCUCACCCCAAAACUAUCAAGUUCACAAAAUAUCAAAAAGAGGCAGAUUUUGAAGUUCAUGUUACACCCGUCAAAGGCAAAAAAGACAGCCUCGUUGAGGCCCACUUGACUUGGGUGAGUAAGAUAGAAAGGAGUACAAACCCGAAGAAGCACUAUGAAGUCAGGAGUCCAAUAUCCAUCACCUUGACUUAA